UGCGUCAAGUCAAUUCUCUGAUUCUCACAAUCAUGAGUAUUACGCUUUAAUGUGGUAGAGUGCAUCAUCUGUCGGUAGCAUGUUGAAUUAAACGAAAUCGUCAACACGAACAAUCUUUAUUUCGUUUGACAGAUAAUUUCAAUCGUUAUAGACGUAAUAACGAUAUUGACCUUGUAACAAAAAACGUAUUUGAAAAAAAUAAGAAAUAUAAAUAUGGAUAACAAAUGUGAAACCGUAAAGACUAACGAAGAAAUCAUAGAGGAACUCACGAAAGAUCUGGAAAGUUCCUGUAUAAAAGAAGAUGAAAUUUCAAUGGCCAAAGAAAUUCAAUAUCAAUCGAGUGAAAGAAAUAAAAAUAAUUUAUCAGAGGAACCUUUGAAAGAUAUAAUUAAUAAUGAUGAUCCGGAUAAUAACGAAAAGAAUGACAAUGCAGAUUGUAAGAAGGAUGCUGGAGAUUCGAUAGAUGAAAAAUUUCUUGAAGAAAGGGAUAAAAACCUCAGUGAAGCAGAGAAAGAAAGUUUUAAAGAUGAAGCAGAAAAACUUAAAAACGAAGGCAAUACUUUUUUUAAAGAUGGAGAAUAUAUGAAAGCUAUAUCUUUGUAUACGCAAGGUUUACAAACAUGUUCUUUAAUGUAUAGUAAAGAACGAGCUAUUUUGUAUUCUAAUAGAGCAGCAGCUAAAAUAAAAUGUUUGGCUGAGAAAGAAUCAGCUAUAUUGGAUUGUACAAAAGCAAUUGAAUUAAAUCCAAGCUAUGUAAAAGCUUAUGUAAGGAGAGCACAAUUAUACGAAGAAACAGAGAAAUUAGAUGAAGCUUUAGAAGAUUAUAAAAAGAUUUUAACGUUUGAUUCUAGUCAUACCGAAGCUAAUUAUGCAGUUAGAAGGUUACCUCCUUUAAUACAUGAAAAAAAUGAAAAACUGAAGGCAGAAAUGUUGGGUAAAUUAAAAGAUCUUGGUAAUAUGGUAUUGAAACCAUUUGGUCUUUCCACAAAUAAUUUUGAAUUACAGAAAGAUCCAAAUAGCGGUGGAUAUUCUGUAAAAUUUCAUCAAGCUCCUAGAUAACAAGCGUAAAUAAAUGUAAAACAAAAAUAUACGAUCUGGAAAAAAUCAAUGAACAGAACCAGACAUAUUUAUAAUAAUUUAUGGGAAUUUCGCUAAGUUCUUCGUUCCUUAAAAAGAUGUAUACAUUGUGAACAUAAAUAGCUAAAAUAAACAUAAAAUCGUAAUAAGUGAAA